AUGUCGAAAUCGUUCUUAGAUCAACUGCCAGAGGCUCUCAGACAAAAAAUUGGCUCUGUGGUUAGGGCGCUACCAAACUCAUCAGAUAUAUUCGAAGAAUUGUACACUUAUGCGCUGAAUGAAAGUAACAAUGACAAAAGUAGGCAUCAUAAAAAGUCAAGGAUUGAAGACUCUUCUGAUCAUCUCAAAACGGAUAAAAUUUCAGAAACCAAUACUAUAUUCAAAUUAGAAGGUGUGUCUGUACUGUCACCACUAAGGAAAAAGCUCGAUUUGGUAUUUUAUCUUUCAAAUAUCGACGGGUCUCCAGUGAUAACAUUCCUCAAGGAAAAUGAAAGAGAACUGAGCAUUUUCCAACUAAACAAGAGUAUUAAAAUGGCAUCGUUCCUACCGGUGCCAGAAAAGCCUAAUCUAGUAUAUCUUCUCAUGACUUACACAUCGUGUGGAGAUAACAAAUUUUCUGAACCUGUGGUGAUGACCUUGAACAAAGAAAAUACUCUAAACCAAUUUAAAAAAUUAGGGCUUCUUGAUUCUAAUGUGACGGACUUCGAAAAGUGUGUUGAGUAUAUCAGGAAGCAGGCGAUUUUGACUGGUUUCAAAAUAUCGAACCCAUUUAUCAUUAGUAGAUCAAUAGAUGAUGAUUUUGAACAAAUAAACUCAUUUCAUUUGCAAUGUCAUAGGGGGACUAAAGAAGGUACAUUAUAUUUUUUACCAGAUCACAUAAUUUUUGGGUUUAAGAAGCCUAUUUUAUUAUUUGAUGCUUCUGAUAUCGAAUCUAUAACGUAUUCAUCUAUUACAAGAUUAACAUUUAAUGCGACCUUGGUGACUAAAGACGGUAGUAAAUACGAGUUUUCAAUGAUAGAUCAAACUGAGUAUGCAAAAAUUGACGAUUACGUUAAAAGAAAGCAAAUGAAGGAUAAAUCUAUGUCUGAGGAACUGAAAGCUAAAUCUAAGAACAAAGGUCAACAAACUGACAAUACAGAUGACCAGCCAUCUAUCUUACAGGAAGCCACUCGUCAAAUGCAAGAUGAAAAAAAGGCAGGCUUAUUUUCGGAUGACGAUGAAGAAAACGACCAAAAUUUCGAGGCAGAAAGUGAUCUUUCAGAUGGUAGUGGCCAAGAAUCCUCUGAUGACGCCGAAGAUGCAGACGGUGAUGAGGACGAUGAUAAGGAUAAAAGCAAUCAAAAUGGUUUGCAUGACGAUAAUAGUCUCGCACCUUUAAAUAAUAACCUAGACCAGGAACUUCAAUAUAAAGAAUUCAAAGAACCAUUAGAACUUGAGGAUAUCCCCAUAGAAAUUGAUAAUGACGAGGACGAAGAUGAAGACGAAGAUGAAGACGAAGAUGGGUCCGGAGUAGAGUAUGACUGA